AUGUCCGAGGUUGAUGCCGCUGCAGACAUCCUAACGGAGGUCGGCCUGGAUGACCCGGUGCCCUGCGAUGUGGCCCCUUCUGAGAGCUCGCUGGUCACUAUCGGGGCCACGGUGCCGACGGGGUUCGAAUUCACGGCUGCAGCGGAAGUGGAGGAGAAGCUGGGGUGCCAGUGUAAGAUCAGCAAAGAUCGGGGCAAGAUCUACUUCCAGAUCGGGAUGGAUGGCCUGGCCCAGGUUCAUCGUCUGAGGUCGGUGGACAAUCUGUUUGUUAUAGUUCAGGAGUUUUCAGAUUUCCCCUUCAAGGAAUCGAAGGAAGCUGCUCUGGAGGACUUUAAAGAACUGGCCUCAAAGCUGCCCUGGGAGAAAGCCCUGAAGACCUGGGAGCUAAACAACAACCUAAAGAAAAAAAAAAAGAAAAAAAAACUCGAGAAAGAGCGGAAACAGCAGGUGGUGCCUUCCGCUGCUGAUGCUCCUGAGGAAGACAGAAAGAUGAAGACUGAUAAAGAGAUGGUGGCGCCACCUGUAGUUCAGGAGUGCAAUAGCUUGGACCAUCCGGUGGUGGAUAGCUCAGAGGCUUCGGCUGAAGAUCUCAGUCCUGAGGCUUCCUUAGAAGACAGCGUGGUAGGCGGAGUUGGGGACACCGGCAAUGUCUUGAAAUUCCGCGUCACCUGUAACCGAGCUGGAGACAAGCACAGCUUCACGUCCAACGAUGCCGCCAGAGAUUUCGGUGGAGCGGUACAGGAUCACUUCCAAUGGAAGGCCGAUAUGACCAACUUUGAUGUGGAGGUUCUCCUGAACAUCAGUUAUAAUGAGAUGUUGGUGGGAAUCGCACUGACGAGGAGAGCCUGCACCGCAGAAACAUUACGCACUUCGGGCCCACCACGUUGCGUUCCACGCUGGCCUACGGCAUGCUCAGACUGUGCGACCUGGAGCCGUCAGAUGUCAUCGUGGAUCCGAUGUGUGGGACGGGAGCCAUCCCUAUAGAGGGUGUGAGUGAGUGGUCCGCCUGUUUCUUUGUCGCCGGUGACAACAACUGCAACGCAGUGAACAGGACUGCUAGCAACAUCUGUUCCCUGCUGAAGAAAAGCGCCACCCAGGGGCUGCCAAUAGAUGCUGCACAGUGGGACAUCUCUAGAUUGCCGCUGAGGACGGGAAGUGUGGACGUCAUCAUUACAGACAUGCCUUUUGGAAAGAGAAUCGGGUCAAAGAAGAAGAACUGGGACCUGUACCCCGCCUGCCUCCAGGAGAUGAGUCGGGUGUGCCGGGCCGGCACUGGAAGAGCAGUUCUUCUGACCCAUGAUAGGAAAUGCUUCAUUAAGGCCUUGGCCAGAGCGGGGCACCUGUGGAGGAAGAUGCACACAGUCUGGGUUAAUAUAGGAGGGCUUCACGCGGGCGUUUACCUUCUCAAGAGAACCACCCUGGAUGUGGCCGACUCGUCCAGUGAGAGGUUAGAGGAGAAGCAUCCCCUGAGUCCCGGCCAGUCACCGGCCAAAGAGGAUUGA